AGGGAGGCGGUGCCUGCGCGGGGCAUGCCGGGAGUCUUGGUGAAUUCGUUGGCAGCUGCAGGUGAAGCAGAGGAGAGAACGCUGCGAGAGGAGCCUGUGAAGCGAUUCCCACCGUCUCCGGAAUCUCGUUCUGCCCUGGAUUUCAGUUUGUGGAAAUGAGCAGUCGUAAAUCAAAGAGUAGCAACUUAAUACAAGCAGACUACCUUUCACAGGUACAAAGAAUUUUACGUGAAAGAUUUUGUCAUCAGAGUCCAAAUGAUAACCUAUUUGGAGUACAAGUACAAUAUAAACACUUAAUUGAGCUGCUAAAAAGAACUGCUAUCCAUGGAGAAAGUAACUCUGUUCUCAUUAUUGGACCCCGGGGUUCAGGAAAGACCAUGUUAAUAAACCAUGCUUUGAAAGAACUAAUGGAAGUAGAAGGAGUGAGUGAAAAUGUAUUACAAGUUCACUUAAAUGGACUGCUGCAGAUCAAUGAUAAAAUUGCCCUGAAGGAAAUCACAAGACAGUUAAAUCUGGAAAAUGUAGUUGGAGAUAAAGUUUUUGGUAGCUUUGCUGAAAACCUUUCAUUUCUUCUGGAAGCUUUAAAAAAAGGUGACCGGACUAGUAGUUGCCCAGUGAUCUUCAUAUUAGAUGAAUUUGAUCUUUUUGCUCAUCACAAAAACCAAACACUCCUCUAUAACCUUCUUGACAUUUCUCAGUCUGCACAGACUCCAGUAGCAAUUAUUGGUCUUACAUGCAGAUUGGAUAUUUUGGAACUUUUAGAAAAAAGAGUGAAGUCACGAUUUUCCCACCGGCAGAUACACUUAAUGAAUUCAUUUAGUUUUCCACAGUAUCUGAAAAUAUUUAAAGAACAAUUAUCUCUACCUUCGGUAUUUCCAGAGAAGAUUUUUGCCGAGCAAUGGAAUGAAAAUGUACAGGGUCUCUCAGAAGAUAGAAGUGUGAGAGAAGUGCUGCAGAAGCAUUUUAAUGUCAGCAAAAACCUGCGUUCAUUACACAUGCUACUGAUGCUUGCUUUAAAUCGUGUAACACCGUCACACCCAUUUAUAACUGCAGCAGAUCUGAUGGAGGCAAACCAGUUGUGCAGCAUGGACUCGAAAGGAAAUAUUGUGCAUGGUCUGUCAGUCUUGGAAAUCUGUCUUAUCAUAGCAAUGAAACAUUUAAAUGACAUCUAUGAAGAGGAGCCCUUUAAUUUUCAAAUGGUUUAUAAUGAAUUUCAGAAGUUUGUUCAAAGAAAGGCCCAUUCUGUUUAUAAUUUUGAGAAACCUGUUGUCAUGAAGGCGUUUGAACACUUACAACAAUUAGAAUUAAUAAGGCCCAUGGAAAGAACAUCAGUAAACGCACAGAGGGAGUAUCAGCUGAUGAAACUACUUUUGGAUAAUACACAAAUUAUGAAUGCUUUGCAGAAAUACCCCAACUGUCCUACAGAUGUUAGGCAGUGGGCGACAUCCUCCCUAAGCUGGUUAUGAUUAUAACCAUGGUUUCAGUUAUGGAGUUUCAGGCAGACUUCUUCUGAAGAACUAAAAGCUGUUGUCCUUUAACAAGAUAUGUUAUUACCUUUUCUUAUAUUUAUAAAGAUGUAUUUUUGUAUUUAUGGGAGACUGUUAAACAUGUAUCAUGGCUGUGCCUUGCCUUUGAAUCAUAUGAGCAGUUACAUGAUUGUAAGUUUUAAUUUCAGUGAUACAUUGUUAAGUAACUGUUCAAAAAAAUAAAUAUGACUAUCUUAGGGAUUGAAACAUAUUUUUAUUUAACACUUGUAAAGUACUUAUGUGGUACAUUUGAAGAGUUCAUUUCAACCCAGCAGCCAGAUAUUUUCACAAACUGUAAACAAAGCAGUAAAGAAACAGUGGUAAGAGUUGAAAUGUAAUGACUAAUCUUUUGGUCCAUUGGGAGGUGCUGCAGUUUUUCUGUAUUCAUGAAAAUUUAAGAUUCUCUCCCAGACCAAGGUCUUUUAGUUCAGGGGCCUGAUCAGUUUGGCUAGAAGAUGGUUCACAUGUAAGAAAAAACCCAAAAGUUCGAACAUUUUCUUCCAGGCUUCUUAAAAUAUGGUACUCAUACCAUCUACGGAAGAAUCUUUUGUAGGAUGUUUUUAAAUACGAUUCUUGGGCAUGUUCUAGGAACUAGCAUUUGUCUAACAAGCCCUUUAGCAAAUUCCUAUAAAGCCACUCCCACAAAUAAUGGAAAAUGUAUGACAGUGUUAACUAAAUGUUUGUAUCAAAAGAUAGACCCCCCCCCCCAAAGGAAUGUACCUUAUAAAUUCAGGAAUCCAUAAACUAAUGUUAACAUUGGUAUGUGUUUAAAGUGAAAUUUAAUAAGCAUUUGUGAAGUGUUAGUGACUUCAUUUAUUCAGGAAUAUUUGUCUGUUUUUUUCAUAGAAGGGUUACAAAAGACAAAGUCCCUAUCCUUGUACAGUUUGCAGUCCUUUUAAAACUGUCCAAGACCCUGAUAAUUAGUUACUGUUGUUUACAGGUAAGAAAACUAACACAGUAGUGGCCCUGUCCAGAGGAUUGACAGACCCUGGAAUUCAACUCAUUUCGUUGAUAUCAAAGCUCAGUAAUGUGUUCCUUAGUGUGUCUUUUUAACAGUAUACUCUAAGAAACUAUUUCCUUAAAGAGUUACUGCGUUUAGAAUGGAAUAUGAGAUUUCUGUGCAUAAAAGUAGCUUUUCAGUACCUGCAGCCUAUUCUUUGCAUACAUGGGCAUUCUUAGUUUCCAGACCACUGUCAUUUACUUUUCAGCUGUGUUUCAUGAAAGCCAAGGCUUGCAUCCUGGUCCUGUGCAAUAGUCUACAGAUUUUUAGGGGAUAUUUUGCCAAAAUACUUACCAUGGUCACAUCACUAUUAAGAAGCAAGGGUUUUUUGCACUUGAGCUAAAAUUGUCCCUUAAAAUUUUUUCUGAGCUGUUUUAGGGGAGUACCCUCUUGCUUUAAAACACUGACCACAAAAGCACCUCAAGAACUGGCUUGAAGACUGCAAGUUUUUAUCCACUGAGGAUGCCACUCAAAGGCUUGAAAGCCCUCAUCCACUUACCUGGCUACGUAAGAGCUACAGAAAAUCCAUCACCAUCAGUGAAAGAGCUAUAAAACAAACUACAAAAAGUAGGUUAGCAACAGUCACACAAAUGAAGCCUAAGCCUACAUUUCAAAAGCAGUUUUUCAGAGGAAGAAUGUUGUGUUGCCCUUUCCAUAUUUCUUACAGAGAAGCUAAAAUAUACUUAAACGUUUUAAAACUAACUUCAUCUUUUAAAUUGCUUAAACUAUCAUCAAUAAAAUAAAAACCAAAUCUGAAAAGCCCUAGUAAAAAUCUUUUAAGAAUAACGUAAGCAAAUGUGGCUUAAAGAUAUUUUCAUUUACUAGAAAAGGAAUGCAGCCUGUUAACCACACAAGCAAAAGACUGAAAACCAGCUGAGGCGGCACGUCAGCAGCAUCAGUGGGGUUGUGCCUCCUGUGAUCCCUCCAGGUGCCCAACCAAAGACAGAAUCCUAAGGAAAAGUUUCCAGUUUUGUGGACAGGCAAAUGUGAACGACACUGAGGAAGUGUGUGCUGUUUCUCCAAGCUUACGUCAUAGUGCUGUGUGUACUGAUUACGUCCUGUUAACUUUCUGAAGAAACAGUUUUGGUCUUUCCGUAGAGAUUCCUUGCAGAUUCCAGCAUGGUUUGCAUUUUCAUUUGGUUUUAGAAGAAAAUGCAGUUUCUUUCAAACCAGUGUAACCUAAGUGUUGGCCCUUCCUUCACCUUUUCCCUAAAAAACUGAGAAUCCAUUGGUGUGAACAACAUUAAAUGUGAGUAGGUGGGGCUCUUCCACCCCCAUUUGCUUGGAAAGUCAGGGGAUAAACCAAAAUUCUAGUGUUUAGAAUUUGCAACACUAAAAAUGCAAAUGAAAGCUUGCUUCCUUAGUGAUCCCUCUUAAGUGGAAAAUACCAGAAUUCUUCCCUUCUGUUGGUAAACUGUAGUUGGGAAGUGUAAUUUAUAUCUUUGAUGUCUAUUCCUUAAGUCACUUUUUAAGAAAAAGUCUGUAUGAAAAGACAAGGUAACUAAUGCCAUUUAGCCUCUCUUAAAAUUGGCAGGACCAACGUCUGUACUUUCACAGGAACACAGUCUGCUUACACAACAAAGGAGAGAAAUGCCAUAAUCUGUCCCCAUUCUUGCACAUUCCAAGGUGUAAGGCUCACUAUCAAUUGUAAAGCUGCUGUUCCUGUCUUUAAGAAUGUAACUAAAGAAAAACUUCAUAUGCAAAUCA